GCGUUCACACUCCAACCCCUGCUGGAAGCACCACCCACGGGCCUGCGUCUAACCCGCUGUUCCCUCGGCGCGCAGGCGCCGCUCUUCACCGACCCGGAAGCGGCUGACUGGAGCGAACGUCAAAUCGGCCUCUGAGGGUUUUUAACUUUCUCUUUUCUACCUGAGCGUCUCAGUCCCCAAACCUGUCACCCUGGGAUCUGGGUUCUCCACGCACGUUAGCGUCCCCUCACCUGCGCCUCCCACCGCGGAUUGUUGUCUCAAGGCCCAUCUCGCCUGGAAGAGAAGCCCAGAGGAGGCAGAGGAGGAAAGCCUAAGAAUCAGGAAUGACUCUUUCUCAGGAACUAUUGACAUUCAAGGAUGUGGUCAUAGAAUUCUCUCAGGAGGAGUGGGAGUACCUGGCUCCUGCCCAAAGAGCCCUGUACAGGGAUGUGAUGUUGGAGAACUACAGGAACCUGGUCUCCUUGGAUAUCCCUACUAUAUGUGUGAGAAAAGAAUUACCACCAAAAGAUGACCUAAGUAAUGGAGAAUUACUCCAAACUUUAAUUUUGGAAAGACACUUAAGUCAUCAGUUUGAUGAUUUUGACUUGAGAAAAGUCCAAGAUGUGAACAAAUUUGGGACUCAGUGGUUAUCUGAAGAAAAAAAAUAUGAAGAAGACACUGCAACCCAUUAUAAAAAUCUCAUCUAUAGAGAACAUCAAGAUCAUAAAUUCUAUAAUGAUUUUCCUGUAAAAGACAAUGUUUCCAUAGGAAGAAGUACAUCUCAAUGUUACAAACAUUGUAUGGUGAGUAAGGCACUAAAAAACAAGCUGGGCUAUUCAGGAAGCAAGUACAGAAACCCUUUGGACAAUAGGCUUGGAUUAAGCUCUCAUUCACAUAUGGCUCAACUGCAGAGAUUUCAAACCCAUGAGGAAGUUUAUGAAAAUAAUCAAGUUGAGAAGUCUACCAAAAUGUCCUCAGUUUCACCACUUCAAAGAAUUCCUUCUAGUGUCAAAACCAACAUUUUAAAUAAAUACGAGAAGGUUCUUAUGCAUCCUUCAUUACAGACACAACAACAGAAAACACCCAAAAGAGAAAAACCUUAUAAAUGUAGUGAGUGUGGGGAGACUUUUAGCCAUUGCUCAACCUUAGCUAAUCAUCAAAGAAUUCAUUCUGAGCCGAAACCUUAUAAAAGUAAUGAGUGUGGCAAAGCCUUUAAGAGGUUCUCAAAUCUCAUGAGAAUCCAUACUGGAGAGAAACCAUAUAAAUGUAAUGUAUGUGGUAAGGAUUUCACCACACAGUCACAUCUCUGGGGUCAUGAGCGAAUUCAUAAUGGAAAGAAGCCUUACAAAUGCAAUGAGUGUGGCAAAGCCUUUUCUGAUGGUUCAUAUCUUGCUCAACAUAAGAACUUCCAUUCUGGACAAAAACCUUACAAAUGCAUUCAGUGUGGUAAGGAUUUUGCCACACGUUCACACCUUUGUAUUCAUAAGAGAAUUCAUACUGGAGAGAAACCAUUUACAUGUAAUGUAUGUGGUAAGAAUUUUAUGAUACCUUCACAGCUUUGGGGUCAUGAGCGAAUUCAUACAGGAGAGAAGCCUUACAAAUGUAGUGAGUGUGGCAAAGCCUUUUCUAGCGGUUCAAAUCUUGCUCAACAUAAGAGAAUCCAUUCCGGAGAGAAACCUUACAAGUGUAAUCACUGUGGUAAGGAUUUUACCACACGGUCAUACCUUUGGAGUCAUGAGAGAAUUCAUACUGGAGAGAAACCUUACAAAUGUAAUGUGUGUGGCAAGGACUUUAUCAGGAGUUCCAAUCUUACUCAACAUAAGAGAGUUCAUGAUGGAGAGAAACCCUAUAAAUGUAAUGUUUGUGAAAAGGCCUUUAGUCAGAAUGCAAGCCUUACUGUUCACCAAAGAAUUCAUACUGGGGAGAAACCUUAUAAAUGUAAAGAAUGUGGUAAAGCCUUUAAACACUACUCAAGCAUCAACAAACACCAUAAUACACAAGAGUAAAAAUACAAGUAUAAAGUGUGUGGUAAGACUUUUAUUAAAUGUUUACACCUUGGGAAUCAGAGAAUUCAUACCAGAGAGAAAACUUUUAAAUGUCGUGAAUGUUGCAAAUCCUUUAAGCACUGUUCAAGCCUGAGCAGAUACCAGAAUAUACAUACAUACAGUGAAGACAUAGAUGUAAUGUGUGUGGUAAGGCUUUUACUAAAUAGUCUCACCUUUGGAGUCCUAAGGGAAGUCAUACUGAAAAGAAACCUCACCAAAGAAUGUAGCACAGCUUUCAUGCCAUGGCCUAGCCUCAAUAUUCACCAAAGAUUUCAUGUUGGAGAAAACCUUACAAAUAAAAUGCUGGGUAUCUUGCUUAAGCAGGUUUCACAAUGUACUAUGCAUCAGAGAAUUCUAGCAGAGUUCCGCCCAUCCUGCCGGGCGAAUUCCACAGCGAGGCCCGGACGCUACUUGCUUCCCCACGCAGCAGGAAGCGCUCCGCUAGACUCCGCCCUAAUCCGGGCCAUGGGCCUCACGAUUCCGAGUCACGCCACCGUUCGCCAGCGCCAUUACCGGAAGCACUACCCACAGCCCCUUCCCCAGUUCCGGCGUUCCAACCGCGCGCACGCGCAGUUUUCCGCCAACCCGGAUUGCGUCACAGUCUCAGUCUCCAGGCCUACAGUCCUGGAGCCUGGGUUCUCCACGCACGUUAGCGUCCCCUCACCUGCGCCUCCCACCGCGGAACUAUUGACCUUCAGGGAUGUGGCCAUAGAAUUCUCUGAGGAGGAGUGGGAGUGCCUGGACGCUGCCCAGAGGGCCUUGUACAGGGAUGUGAUGUUGGAAAACUACAGGAACCUGGUCUCCCUGGAUUUCUCUACUAGAUGUAUGAGCAAAGAAUUACCACCAAAAGAUGACAUUAAUAAUGGAGAAUUAUUCCAAACAUUGAUUUUGGAAAGACAUAGAAGUCAUGACUUUGAUUUGAGAGAAGUCCAGCAAGAUGUGAACAGAUGUAAGACUCAGUGGCUAUCUGAAGAAAAAAAUGAAGGAAUGACUGUAUCCCAUUACAAAAAUCUCACUUGUAGAGAAGACCAAGAACAUCAAAAAUUCAGGAAUAAUUUCUCUGUAAAGCAUAGUGUUUCCAUAAAAAGUAGUAAGUCUCAAUAUUACAAACAUGAUAUAAUGAAUAAGGCACUAAAAAGCAAGGUAGGCUAUUCAGGAAGCAAGUACAAAAAUCGUUUGGACAGUAGGCUUGGAUUAAGCUCUCAUUCACAUGUGGCUCAACUGCAGAGAUUUCAAACCCAUGAGGAAAUUUAUGAAAAUAAUCAAGUUGAGAAGUCUACCAAAAUGUCCUCAGUUUCACCACUUCAAAGAAUUCCUUCUAGUGUCAAAACCAACAUUUUAAAUAAAUAUGAGAAGGUUCUUAUGCAUCCUUCAUUACAGACACAACAGAAAACACCCAAAAGAGAAAAACCUUAUAAAUGUAGUGAGUGUGGGAAGACUUUUAGCCAUUGCUCAACCUUAGCUAAUCAUCAAAGAAUUCAUUCUGAGCUGAAACCUUACAAAUGUAAUGAGUGUAGCAAAGUCUUUAACAGAUUCUCAAACCUCACAAGGCAUCAGAGAAUCCAUACUGGAGAGAAACCAUAUAAAUGUAAUGUAUGUGGUAAGGAUUUUAUGAUACGUUCACACCUUUGGGGACAUGAGCGAAUUCAUACUGGAGAGAAGCCUUACAAAUGCGAUGAGUGUGGCAAAGCCUUUUCUGAGUGUUCAAAUCUUGUUCAACAUAAAAGAAUCCAUUCUGGAGAGAAACCUUACAAAUGUAAUCAGUGUGGUAAGGAAUUUAUCACCCGUUCUCACCUUUGGGGUCAUGAGAGAAUCCAUACUGGAGAGAAACCUUACAAAUGUACUGAGUGUGGAAAGGCCUUCACCGGGAGUUCAAACCUUACUCAACAUAAGAGAAUUCAUGCUGGAGAGAGACCAUAUAAAUGUAAUGUGUGUGACAAGGCCUUUAGUCAGAAUUCAAGCCUUAUCGUUCAUCAGAGAAUCCAUACUGGUGAGAAACCUUACAAAUGUCAUGAAUGUGGCAAAGCCUUUAAGCAGUAUUCAAGCUUGAAUAGACAUCAAAAUAUACAUAGAGGGAAGAUACAGAUAUAGAGCCUGUGGUAAGGUUUUAUUAGAUGUUCUCACCUUUGGAGUCAUGAGGGAAUGCAUACUGCAAAAAAAAAACUACAAGAGAAUGGCAUGGCCUUCAUGCCAUGACUUAACCUCAAGAAUCACCAAAGAUUUCACAUUGGAGAAAACCCUACAAAUACAACAUGUGAUAAAUUGCUUAAGUAGGUUGUAUGAUGUACUGUGUAUGAGAGAAUUCUUAGUGAGAACUAAGACUAGUUCUUAAUUAAUCAAGUAAGAUGUUAAACUCUGCAGGAAAAGUAAAACUCAAAAUGAUUUAAAAUUCCUGAGAUAAUUGAUGUCAAAGGAGCAGGGGCAUAUGUGGAAAUGCCCACUUAGCUUCAGUUUAUACAGUCAUUUGUCCUUUUAGAAUUCUUGAUGAGGUUACUUUAUUAUUGAAUCAUCACAGACCUUCCAUGUGUUGCCACAGUUGUGUCUGUGAUGGAACCUUUUCUUUGGGUCCUAACAUAAACGGUGUUUUGUUUUUAAUUUUCUUUUUUUUUUAAUUUUCAAUUUACUUGUUCAUUGGUGGUAUUUAGGAAGAGAGUUAACUUGUACUGUAAUCUUGGAUCCUGCAGCCUUGGUAUAAUUGCACAUUAGUAUUUUAUCUACCAUACUUGGGGGCAUUGCAUGCAAUAGUUCAGAAGUUCUGGUGCCAGGUGCCACUCUGUCUUGUUCCUGGCAUAAAAACAAAGCACUCUGUUACCAUAUUAAUACCAAAUGAAUCUUGCAGUUAUUAAGUCCAACUUGGUCAUGGGGCAUGAUUCUGGAUGUCUUCAUGUCUUCCGUACAGAGUAUCUGCAGUUAUAUUAAGAUCUCAGAUGCUUUAUGCAUCUAUGUAUUAGCAUUUAAAAUCUUUGCACAUAAAUGGAAAUUGGAUCACAGACAGAAUUAUAAAUACUAUACUAGUAAUCUAAAGUAUGAGUACAACCAUCCAGCUUUUUCAGUAAAUCAUAAUGGUUAAAUCAUGUGCAUUGAUACCUCCCCCAGUAAGUUUAAGUCCCCAGUCUGCUGCUAAACAAGGUGGGAAGAUAGUGAAAUCACCUAACCCUGUGUGCCUAAGUUCUCCUUAGAAUCAGUGUAGUAGUAGUAGUCCCAUCCUUGAUUUUGGGAGGAAUGAAGUCUUUUAAGUGCCUUGACAUCAGAGAUUCUUACAUUAUGAGUAUUCUUUAGAGUUGCCCAGUUAACUCUCAGAAGUCUCUUAAUGGAGCUAAAAUUAAAUAUUUCUUAAUGGGAAGUACGUGUAAGUGAAAAAUACUGGAUUUCACUUGAAAUGGUAAAUAUAGGUGAAGCCUCAGGUUCCCAUGCAGCAUCCCCCAAAGGAAGAACAUCACUCAUUGUGAAUGAACCCUCAGAUGGCCUACCGGUUAUUGACAGUAGAAAUGGUCUUCUUAUCACUGAUGCUGAUUAGAAUCCUAGGGAAUUUCUUCUUUCUUUACCAGUAAAAUUUCCUUUUUGUCAUAGGUGAAGAUUAAGGUCCAUAGAUUUGAGUGUCAAGCACUUGUCUAUAGCUGACUCCUUAGUUGUCAUCUUUACAGGAAUCUCCAGCACGGUAACAGCUUUUGGGUAGAAACAUUUUCUCCCUGAUUUUGGAUGUAAAUUUGUUUGCUGGGUCAUAGAGUGAUCCCAUAGUAUAUUAUGUAACAUGUAAAUUAUCUGAGGGACCUGGGUGAAGUUUACAAGGACUUUUUCAUAUGAUCUUUGCACAAUUUGUGUAUAGAAAAUUACUUCAAAAUAAAAAAGGCAGCAUGAUGUGCUGUGGCUUUUAGAAAGUUCAGGUGCAGCUCUUUAUUCAUAUAGGAAUGAAGGACAUUAUAGGUAAGUCCAAAAGUCGUUCUUAAAACUGAAAUUCUUAAAACUUGUCAUCUCUUUGGUAAAUUUCUGGAACCGUAAUGGAUUAUGCCUCCACCCCAUAUAAUGUGCAGUUUACUCUGCUUUUAAGAACUGAAUCAUCAGAAGCACACGAGUAGAACCAAAGGAUUGGAUAUUUACAGUAUUGGCUUCAUUAUGUAUUGGUAGAUACUUUGUUCUGGAGCCACUUCUAAUCCUGCAUAAAGUGGGCAGAUGGUCUGAGGAAAGGGGACGACAAAUACAGAAGCACCAUUGAAAUUCUCUUCAUGUCUAAAUGAAUGAAGCUUCCAUCUUUCCCUUAACAGCACUAAUGAUGUUUUCUGCAUCUUACACCAAGAUUGGUGCCCUUAAUCUCAGCGUAUAGUUUUUCAAGUGGUAUGUCAAAUAGUUCCAACAUGGGCAAUAGCCCAAGAUCCUGGAUUCUGACCACUGAGUAAAACAACUGCAUCAGCUCUCAUUUCCACAUGUCUGAUGCAGAGGCCAAACAUCCAGCCCAGUGAACCCAUGAGGUUUCCGCGUAGGUGAACCGUCAGUGGACCAGUGUCAGACAGGGGAAUCUAGGAUCACCAAGGUCCUCACAAUGCCAGGGGCUUUGCUUCAGGCUGCGGAUACGAUUCAUUCCUGUAGAGUUGAUAUGUUGCUGAUGCCAAUCGGGAUUCAUUCUUAAGUACCAUCUCUGACCAGCCAAGUCUUUUAGGAUCUUUCUGCCUUGUUGGUUGUAGGGUCCAAGUUGAUUCAUCAACAUAGGAAUGUUACAGUAGACAAUCACAAGUCCUGAAUGGGUCAGGCUUCAUUUUUUACAAAUGUUCAGUAGCAAGCUAAUGGCUGUUUUCCAAAGCAAUUUACCUGUUAUGUCAAACCUAAGUCCAAACCCCAAAGGAGUCUUCAAGAUGGGAAACUGCUUGCCUUCUUCAGAGACUCUAAAUGACAGAAUCUGGCACAGUUUUGCAUUUAGACUUCUUAUACUCCAGAAGUCUGUUGAGGGGCUGGGUCCUUUCUUUUUCUUUUUUCUUUUCUCCUUCCUUCCUCCCUUCUGCCUUCCCUCCUUCCCUCUCUUCCUUCUUUUCUUCCUUUCUUUUUUGGGUGCCGGUAGUGGGGAAGACACAUCAGUGUAUUUUUCUUUAUUGCUGGAAUGAGCAUUGCACAUUGCCCACAUAAUUCUGAUAAACUUUAACUGGAAAAGGACUCUGAAUUUGUUACAUUUUAUCAGACUUACCUAUUAGAGAAGGAAUGUCCUAGAUAGGGCUAUUGAGACUAAUGUCUCCAACUUUCCAACAAAGAAUUCAUCUACAUAGUGAAACAUUGACAGCAGGGUCAAGACGUGCUAUAUUCUCACCCGUGCACUGAUGGCAAAUGCCUGGGAGUUUGUUUCACCAGGACUGCUCUACUUUCAGCUCAUCCUGAAGAAUGUGGGUAAAUAUGGAAUCACAAAUGGUGAUGGUUGUGAAAAUUGGUAAGACAUUUUGAAAAGUAUUGGAAGUAUGAACUAAAGCUGAAUAGAUGUAAGCCUAUGACCAUUAAAUUUACUCUUCCAUAUGUAACCAACAGAAAUUUAUGCAUGUGUCACCAAAGCACAAGUUCUAGAAUUUACAUAGCAGAGCUAUUCAUAUAGCUAAUAGCUCCACACUGAAAACCACCCGUGUGUGUAUCAAGAGUGGAAAGAUGAAAGUAAUUGCUAGAUGUUUACACAAUGGAAUUCUAUUAAAUGUUAGAGUCCACACAGUGGGACUAAUGCUAAUAAAUGACCUACAACAUGUGAUAAUAAGGAUGAGUUCACAACAUUUGGAAUGUGGAGCCACAUACAGAAGAGUCCAUCCUAUAUAGGUCCAUUUCUAUAAAGUGCCAAAAAGGCACUUUGAAGAGUGAUCUAUGUUAAAUGUCACAUUACUGUUUACUGUGAUGGGUAGUAACUGGGAGGCUUAACAAGGAGGUUUUGGGGGCUGAAAACCUGUGGGUUUUUUUUUUUUUUUGAACUAGGAAAUGGAUACAGAGAUGUGUUCACUUUGUGCCAUUUUACUGUGCUUUGUACUUAAGACUUAUACAUGUAUCUUUAAAAAUUGUUUUAAAUGCCUAUCACCAACUUUUAAAAAUUCAGUAGAAGGUAAGUAGAUUGUUUUUAUGUCCUUACAUUGUUCCUGUAAAGACAUUAAAUACUACUGUAAUUUGUUUUUAAAAUAAUGUAUUCUAAUUCCUAGGUGAAACAUGAAGAUAGUAUAAAACCUAAAUAAAGGGUAGAGAAUAAUUGAAAAUUUACACAGAAGAUAGAAAAAUAAAAUAGACCAUGGGUGAUGAAGAACAUGCAAUAAAUUGGUAAAUCUAAUCCCAAGUAAACACAGUUACAUUGAACAUAAAUGUGUAGCUCUUGUUACAUUCUAACAUUGUUGGACUCUAUUCAGUAAGGGUUUUCUCAUAAGUUAAAAUACUAGGAUUAAAUAAAAUUAAUGAAAUACAAUUUCAUGGCAUUUUAACCUAGUAAACUGCCAACAGGACUGUAUAAUAGAGUUCAACAUAGGUUGUCAUUAUGAUAAUUGUAAGUGGUACUAUUCCAUUUAUUAAUGUAGUUUUUUUAAUACUAUUACUCAAUAACAAUCAGGCUGACAACUCACCACACAUUCACACAUGCACAGACAUGUACAAAUGUUUGUGUAUUGCAUCUUGACUUGUGAUCUGAUGUAAAUAUUUCUAAGUGUCCCUUAUCAUCUUAAAAAGUGUUUCUCUAUUUCUGUGCCACAAAAUUUAUUAUAAUAAUAUUCAUUAUGUCAAACUAAUUCUCUUAAAACUAUUGAAUCCUUAGUAUUUUAGUACAGCUUUGUUUGGUAAACACAGAUAGCUAUAUUAUAAUGUUUCUUAUACUUGAGUAACUAUUUUGCCCCUGUGGAAAUCCUCUUGCCACAAACUCCAACAGGAUUCUUGACUUUCCCUCUAAAUGACUGUUCCUGUUUCUACAGGUUUAGUCAAAAACUCCACUGAAUGCCCCCAGGUCUCUUUCUUUACAACAUGAGAAUUGUCAUCUUCACAUUAUACAGAAAAAUCUAUUCUCCAGUUGCCAAAACUCAUGCCACUUUAUCCUAGACAUUUUGCCUUUUUGUCUCUCACUCACCUGAUGUCUUCUAAGCAAUUAGCCAUACAUCUUUGCACUUUCAUUUUUCCCACUGCAGUUUAAUCUGGAUGUUUCUACAGGAAAAAAAUUUCUCUCCAUAAAAUUAUCUUUCCAGUGACCACUAUCUCUGUAAUGUUGUAAUGUACUAAUUUCAACGUGGUCCCAAAUAUACCUGCUAUGUGAACCUGAUUCCCACUUCCGUUUCACCCCAUUCUAUUUCAUUUUCCCAGAGGGCAUUUUGUUCAGUUUCUUGAAUGGCCAUCUCACAUACUGUUCCUUUUCCAUGAACUUUACUAGUUAUUCCAUGCUAAUUUCUAGGUAAAUGUGUUAUAUCAAGUUGAAAGUUACACACUCAAAGACAUCAUAAUAUCCAGGUUAUGGCAGUACCCACGUUUUAUUUCAUCAACUCUGACCUACUGCACUAUAAACAUUACAAUUAUGUGAGGAUUUAUGUAGUAAUUACAUAAUUAUAAAUGUAAAAUUACAUUUACAGUUGUGUUUAUGGUUUAUUGGACACAACUGUCUAUCCAACAUCUUGUGUAAGGUGACUGUGUCUUCACUGUAGAACUCUGUGAAGAGAAGUGAAUAAACAAUAGAUGCUGUGCAUAAACAACUGUUUCAUUUCUUUUUUUUUAUGUGAACUCUGUGCCCAAUGUGGGGCUUGAAUUCUGAGUAUGAUCAAGAGUCUCAGCUCUACCGACUGAGCCAGAUAGAUGCCCCACUUUUCCUUUCUGAUGAGAUCAGGAGAUUUUGUUACUUUUCCAGACAAAGCAGAGCCUGGACGCACAAGCCAUGGCUCAGGAGAACAAAGGGAUUGACACUUGGGAAAAAUCCGUUGUUAAGGUAGAAAUGUUCACCAGCAACCAACUGGGAUUAUUAAUAAGAACAAUGCAGACUUGGAGGUGGAGGACAUGGUAUAAAAUGAUACAAGGGUGCGCCCAAGGAGAAGGAUUCCCUGGGUGACUGGUCCCGAGGGAGGAUCUUGGAGAGAGAUUGUUGCUAUGAAUGUGUCUGACUUUUGCUUGUGCAGGAUGGAAACCAUGGAGCCGCUGGCCCUAGAGCAUGAGCACCAAGCAGCAAAUAUCAGAGGAUGAUAAAAAUGUUGCCUGUGGUGACCGUGGUUUUGUGGUUAUCUACCAGAACAGUAUCCCAAAUCCUUUUUCAUUGUGAGGUUUGCAUUAUUCCAUUUGUCAGUCAAAUACAGGAAAAGCUAUUUCCUAGUACUGGCAGGAUCCAGUGCAAGAAAACAAAGCUCAUGUGCCUGGGAGCUUUCACUUUAAGGUCUGCCCGUGUGGAAUUUCUGGGGCUGAUUGUGAUGGCCUGGAACUUACUCAAGAGGCAGGUGCUUAAAAACAAACAAACAAAAAAAAAACGGAGCUGCUGAUGGACACACCUGCACUGUGAAGGUAGAAAAGUUUGUAUCUGACAUCAUCAAAGAAAUCUUUCAAAUCAAGAACUGCCACUGUCUGGUAGACUCCUUUAGAAAGGGCUAAAGAAUAGGCCAUAAUUAGGUGGUUGAUAGUCAAAUCUGUGGACCCCACGCUGUGCCCAGUGGAGUAAAAGAGGAGAUAAUGGUAGAGAAGAGAUAUCUACGAUUCUGAAUACUGUCUGUGAUAAGGAUUGUUCUGUUGGUCAUACUCCUGAAGCCAUUCUGCCAGCUUGCAGUGACUGUUAAUUGUUUUCGCUUCAGAGUCAGAGGAUCCUGCAUGUGAAUAUGAUGUACAGGCUACAUUUAUCAUGUCCAUUGCAGUGGGAUAUUCUUCACAAUACCAUUGGUUCGUUAGACGAUCAUAGUUCUGUAAUUUUUAGCAACAUCUCUCGACUUAGUGAUGUGUUUGUACAUGACAGGAACAGACAACAGCCAUAUUAAAGUGCCAUUUCAAAGAUC